GAUGGCGGCCGCCUGCUACCCGUCGAGCAGGUUCCACCGCAUCCACGGGGCCAACGUCCGCUUGGAUCCCUCCCGUACCCAGGCCACUCGCGUGGAGAGCUUUGCCAACGGCCUGUGCUUCAGCCAGGAGCCCCUGGCCCCGGGACAGAUCUUCCUGCUGGAGAUCGAGGAGAAGGAGCUGGGCUGGUGCGGGCACCUGCGGGUGGGCCUGAUGGCCUGCGACCCCUCCCGCCUGGACGUGGUGCCCGAGUACUCCCUGCCCGACCUGGUCAACCGGGGUGACAGCUGGGUCUUUGCCAUCACCCGCAACCACAACCGGGUCACUCCGGACACCGCUGCGGGGCAGGCCUCCGGCAGGGUGCGGGGCUUCCUCGCAGACCCCUAUCUGCUCAUCGAGCAAGUCCGGAUCCCCAGAGACAAGCUGGUGGGGCGGAGCAGGCCCGGCCGGUACAGCCACAUCCUGGACGACCUGUACAAGAGCAACGUGCUUCCUGCCACGGCCAGGAGGAGCCGCAUCGGGGUGCUCUACACCCUGCAGCCCGACGGGACGGCCGACAUGCACAUGGUCAUCAACGGGGAGGACAUGGGCCCCAGUGCCAGGGGCCUCCCCGCUUCCCGCCCCCUCUACGCCGUGGUCGACGUCUUUGCGUCCACCAAGACCGUCCGACUCGUCCAGGUGGAAUAUGGCUUUCCUUCCCUCCAGACCCUCUGCCGGCUGAUCAUCCAGAAACACGUUGUGCACCGGCUGGCCAUCGAGGGGCUCAACCUCCCGCCCCUGCUGAAGAACUUCUGCAAAUACGAAUGAAACCACCCAGGCCGCUCGCGUGCGUGCCGCGGCCUUCGUUCACCCACGUGGUUUGUGGGACCGGACUGAUUUGCGCCAGGCACAAAAGGCAGCACAAGAGGGGUGAAACCCUGCACACGCCAUCAGUGGAGUACCCAGCUCCUGGACCUUGCAUCCGAUUGGGGGGGGGGAAGGGGCAGUCGUCUGUGGUGCAUGAUGCCAACGGCAGACCAUGAAAACGACCUCGAGGGGUUGGGAGAAGUCCAGGCCUGAUAGAUUUUAUUGGCAAGAGUUUGGAACAGGCAACACUGGGACAUUUUAUAAUUAUAAUAAUAAUAAUCUUUCAAUUUAUUAAUCGCUCAAUCCUGC